CAUCAUUUAUUUUACAGUAACGAUGGCAUCUAACGAACAUGAAUAUGAACACUCCAUCGGGUCAGAAAUGGUAGAUGAUGACAUACAGAUUGAAAGCGGAAUGGAAGAUAUGUCAAUCGAAAAUCUAACAAGCAGGUUGAAGCUAUUUCAUACACCGCAACGAUUGAUUUAUACAGAUGAAGAAGAACUGUUGCAGUUAAAUGGCGAUGUUUUGUCUCAACUUUCACAAAUUAACAUGAAAAUUAAUGUAGUCGGUGUCUGUGGUUUGUAUAGAACUGGAAAAUCCUAUUUAAUGAAUUGGAUUGCAGGUGAAAAAACAGGGUUCAAUCUUGGCGAUACGGUUCGAUCAGAGACAAAAGGGAUAUGGAUCUGGUGCAAGCAACAUCCAACGAAAUGUGACCAAGUGUUAGUUUUGUUAGACACAGAGGGUUUAGAUGAUCCCGAAAAGGUUACAUUUACUUUUUGCUUCUAAUACACGUGUAGAACUUAUACUUUAUGUAUUCAUGGCUCAUAAUUAAAAAGUUUGAAUAUGAAUUUUCUAGAGCAAUGAAAUACGCCGGAUGUAGGUGGUACUUACAAAAGGAAUAAUUCGGAUCCGGAUAAAGCUUGUAUGUACAAACGGAGAAGAAUUCGUAGAUUUAACUUACUCUGUUAAGAGUAAGUGAUGUACUAAGAUUUUAAAAAUGGACAUUAUUUCAUCGGAACGAGUAAGCUUUAUCGUUGGAACGACAUGCUCCUCGGCUAACUUGUUAAAGGAGAUAUAAAAACGGGUCAUCCUCUUUGUUUUGCAGAACACGAGCUACUUUCUGUCCAAUAUGCUUCUCUAACAUUUUGAGGUUAAAACAAAUAAGAGCUUUUGUGAAUGUAUUGUGUGCGUCGUUAUCCAACUUUUCUGUCAGCAACCACUUUAACUAAUCAAUUUGUUUUAGUACAGACGUCAACAUCAUGAUCCUUUUGUGGUCCUCA